CAUGGUUACUCCAGGAGGCAGGGUUGGAGGACACAAGGCACCUCAAUGUUGUCUCCUGGUCCUGGUCGACUCGCCCUGGUCCUGGUUGUCUUGCCCUGCUUUGCCCUGUCUCAGCUAAGGAGGGACAAACUAUCUGGAGAGAGCAUCAGGCUUGCUGUUCUUGGACCCACGGUGGCGAGUAGACGGUGAAGAACCUGUCUCACAUGUUGGAUAUGUUUGGAGAGAGUCCUGGAGAAGGAGGAUGUCAUCAAGGUAAUCCAGCACAGAGUGGUUGAGAGGAUCACGUUGGAUGUCAUUCACGAGGGCUUGGAAGAUGGUGGGGGCAUUAACUAAUCCAAAAGGGCAUCAUCAUGUAUUCUUAGUGGCCUGUGGGCAUGUUGAAGGUUUCCUCUCAUCCCCCUAGCACAUCUGGAUGAGAUCUGUGCAUUGCACAGGUCAUGGUUCGUGAAGAUGGUGGCCCCUUGGAGUGGCUCGAAAGCUGUGGACAUGAGCGGGAGAGGGUAGCGUAGUUUUUAGGGUAGUUUUUAUGCCGAUCUUGUUAAGGCCAAGUUAGUCGAUGCAGGGCUGUAGACUGCCAUCUUUCUUGUCCACAACGAAGAAGCCUGUGCCUGCUGGAGAGGUGGAUGGGCGGAUGAAACUCAGAGCCAGCACAACUCAAAAUAUAUUCCUCCAUGGCUGUGGUCUCAGGGGCUGAGAGGGAGAGGAGGUUCCGGGGCAGGUGGUCAGCGGCGCAGUUGUAUGGCUGAUGAGGAGGAAGAGUGGUGGCUCGUCUCGUUCUGAAAACCACACUCAGGUCAGCAUACUCAGCAUACAUUUCAUCUUGAAAGCCACUGUUGAAAGCUCAGGAUGGACAAGGGUGAGAGUCUGGACCGGCACGUGGGACUGGUGUAGGGCUCGGAAAGGGACAGGAGCCCAAGGAGGAAUGUGAGCCUGAGAAUAAACUGGAGCUUGAGAGGGCAUUGGAGACUCAAAGCAGUGAGGAGACGAACUGGAACGGAGACAGGCAAAGCGCUUGUGUGUGCCAAAAUAUUAGCAGUGAAUGCAAGACCGCAAUAAUCGUGCCUGCUGGCGGUGAGCUAGCCUACUCACGCAUUGUGCAGAGAGGAGUCGACACUGUAACAUCUUCCAUACUCAGCGAAAACGAAAAGCUCUCUGAACUUCGAGGGAGUGAAAUGUCAAAGUUUUAUUUUCUUUUACUAUUUGAAGCUUUGACUCACGUCUUUGGAUUGACCAAUGAAGAUUCGGGGAGCACGCUGCUGACCGGCUACAAUGAGGUUGCAGCAGAGGAGGCUCCCUAUACACCCCAACUGGAUUACAGAGUCCCGCGGUGGUGCAACUCGCUGAAGAUGCCCAACGGCGAGGUCAGCUGCUCCUCCCCGCGCGGCGGGAACUACCACAACACCCUGGGGACGCGCUGCGAGAUGUCGUGCGACCGCGGCUACCGGCUGCUGGGCCGGUCCUCGCUGACCUGCCUACCGAGCCGCAGGUGGUCAGGGACCGCGUACUGUCGACAGGUGCGCUGCCACGUCCUGCCCCUGGUGUUCCACGGCACGCACACCUGCACCAGAGGGGUGCUUUCAGACUCCCGGUGCGAGUACACCUGCAACCGCGGGUACCGGCUGGAGGGGGUCCACGUCCGCACCUGCAUGCCGGGGGGGAGGUGGAGCGGCGCCGAGCCCGUCUGCGUGGAUCGUGAUCCACCUAAAAUAAAGUGCCCUCUGUCUCGAGUGAGAUUUGCGGAGCCAGGAAAACUGACCGUCAGGGUGUCCUGGGAUGGUCCAGUUGUCAAGGAUACUGCUGACGCAAAAGUCACAGAUAUAAUGCUUACUGGUGAACCGCCGGGGUCAGAAUUUGAAGAGGGAAUACACGUCAUCCAAUACAAAGCAUAUGACCAGGCCAGGAACAAGGCACUGUGCAAGUUCAUCGUCCGCGUCGAGGUGAGGAGGUGCCCUGAGCUAAAAGAGCCACUCCACGGCCACCUCACCUGCUCCCCGGAGGGUUACAUCUACGGGUCUCAGUGUGAAUACCACUGCAACAGGGGAUUCGAGCGAAGGGGCAACCCCUCCACCGAGUGCCAGUUUGACCACAGCUGGUCUGGGGCACCCCCAACGUGCGCCAUGGUGGAGAUCCUCACAGAGGUCAGCACGUCGUCGUCCCUGCUCAGUCAGUUCUACCAGAAGAGAAGGCUGCUCAUCGUAUCCACGCCCAGCACCGACAACGAGUACUACAAGCUCCAGGAGAUCAUGUUACAGAACUCGGAGUGCGGCCUGAACAUGCGGGAGGUGACGGUGGUGGAGCUGCUGGGUCUCCCGCCGGGGGAGACCGGCCGCAUGAACGGGAAGCCCCUCGACGCGCAGGUCAUCGGAGGGCUCAGGUCGGUGCUGAGGAUCUCCAAAGCGUAUUUCUCCAUGGUCUUGCUGGACAAGCGCGGAGUUGACCGCGAGCGUCUCAUGGACCCCAUCACCUCAGAAGAGCUUUAUUCACUGAUCGACACCUUUCUGCUGGACGACGAGGAGCGGAAGCACAUCGAAAAGUACAGGAACUACUGCAGCUGAGCGGCUGAUUGCUACUUCCCCCAAUUGCUGAUUACCACAGCGCCCCCCCAGUGGCGGAGAGUGGAACAAACACACAGAGUUCUGCCAAAAAAGGGCUUUCUGUUCAUAAAUCAUAACCACCAAGAACAAAGUGGUUCGUAAUUAUUGGAUUUUUUUGUCAAUGGCCAAAAAACCUGAAAAGUGUCUAUACGGCGGAACUGGUGAGAAGCAGCACGUUUGCUUCAGGUGUAAAAUUACACAGAUUGCCAUAUGUAUCCAUUCUAUUGAUAUAUAUUGUAUAGCUAGUAGACACACAAUUAGCAUUUGAGUGAGUAUAAACAUGAAAAUCCCAAAGAAUUAAAAUCUACUUAAUGUAACCAUUUUAUAUUGAAACAAUUGUUAAUAAAAAGAAUAAUGAAAUAACAUGACCACAGCUUUCAAAAUGAAAUACAUUUACUAUAUUUAUUCAUUAAAAUAAUAUCAUAGAGAAAUCAUCAUGAGAAAAUAAUAAAAAAUAUUUGGUUUUAAGUUAAGGAAGCACGAGUCAUAAGAAAAGAAAUGCCAGAAUAUAAAAAAUAGAGAGCUGUGUAUUAGUAGUUAAUGAUAUAUGGCACUUAUAUAUGCAUUAUGCAUUUACGGAAAUCAUAUUUUCAUUUUAUUAUUUGCCAAAUAAAUAAUAUUUUUGACAAAAGAA